ACCAUAAUCUCUAAUUCCAAUGUGUAUUUCUAAUUUUCCAUAUUUGAUCAUUCUGCUGCGAAUUCAACUGUUUGCAAAACACAUCAUAGCAAACACUGAUUUUGGCCAUCCAACGCAUCAACUCGAAUCAGGUAAGUUUGCGGCCAAUAAAAUGUCUGAAGAAGUUGUGGAUUCCGAGAAAAUUUCACAUUGGGAUAAAAUCGAUUACGACGAAAAGCCAAACUAUUUAACGCUUAUCAACAAACGCCUAAACGAGUUCAAACACCCAAAUAUACAAAUUCGUAUCGGUGAAAAGUUGUUUGACUGUCACGCGUUGCUGCUGCAGUGCUUUUCGGAAGUUUUCGACGAAUUGGGUAACGAACCGGACGUAACGCUACCGGAGGAAAAAGUAACACCGGAAGCGUUUCAACUUAUCUACGAAUGGCUGCUGUCGCAGAAGUCAGGGCUCCAGCGAGAACAUUUCGUCGAGGUGUUUGUAGCGGCUGAAUACCUCCGGAUUCCUCGAUUAAUCAAUCAGUGCUGGACUUAUGUGAACGAUGCCGAGUCCUUGAUGGAGGAUCAAGCUUUUCAAUUGUACCUCGAAACGAUACCUUUCAAACACGCAGUUCUGCAACAUAUGAUGCUAAGGAGAAUUUGUCGGUUUUUUCUAACACUUGUCGCUUCCGAAGAGUUCGUACGUCUACCAGUGGAGGAUUUAUGCGUUCUUUUAAAGUCUAACUUUAUCGGAGUGUUCUCCGAAUCGGACGUACUGUACGCGGCUGCCGUUUGGUUACUGGAUGACUGGGAAAGUCGCAGUGAACACGUGGGCGAAGUUAUGAAGCUGGUAUGCUUUCCCCUGAUGAGUCCGUCAUUGCUUUCCCGUCUGAUCCGAUGCGAAGAAGACGACCGGAUCCGCGUUAUCUUGCAGCAUGAUACUACAAAAAAUCUUACGAUCCAAGCAUUAACCGGUUUAUUUAAAACAUCUUCAGACCAGCGGUUUGGAUUGCAUAAUUCCAGUAAACCUGUCCAUCGGACGUGGCUAAAAGAUCCAACCGUAUCGGCGGCACAGGAGGACAAGCCGCUUGAUUAUAAAUCUCAUCAUCAGGAGUGCACUUUCGGUAAAUUUAUGGAACGAUUGGAAGGUCUAACUUCUAACCCCAACAGUUGGCAGGAUUUCGAGACUUUUGAUGAUGUUAAAUAUGCUUGACAGCAGUCGUUGAGAAAACCAUAGCAGAUAGACGAUAUUUUAUUGUGGUAAAAUUCAAAGUAACUGCAGGAAUCAAAAUUUUUGUAACCAUAAUCCGUAUUUUAGUAAAUAUUUAAGUGAUCAAACUGCUUUGUGUUGAAACUAAAAAGUAUCCAGGACACGAACCAAACGAUACCGAAUACCCAAUACACAAACCAAGAAA